AUGGCAUCAGCAAGUCUGCAGUUCUUUGCUUUUAUUCUGGCAUUGUUUGGUGUUUUUGGAGAUAUCACAGCCACCUUGCUACCAAACUGGAAGGUAAAUGCAGAUGUUGGUUCAAAUAUCAUAACAGCUAUAACACAGAUGCAAGGACUUUGGAUGGACUGCACAUGGUACAGCACUGGGAUGUUUAGCUGUACCCUAAAAUACUCUGUUCUCUCUCUCCCCAUCUACAUCCAAGCUGCACGGACCACCAUGGUACUGUCUUGUAUCUUAUCGGCCUUUGGGAUCUGCAUCACUACAGUUGGAAUGAAGUGCACAAAGUUGGGAGGGGACACUGACAGCAAAAGUCACGCUUGUUUUGCUGGAGGAGUCUGCUUCAUUCUUGCAGGAAUUUUUGGAUUAGUACCAACAUCCUGGUAUACAAGAGAAAUUAUUUCAAAUUUUCUGGACCAGACCGUUCCAGAGAGCAGUAAACAUGAACCGGGAGGAGCAGUUUAUACAGGAUUUAUUUCAGCAGGGUUUCUGCUUACUGCAGGUGUUAUCUUCUGCACUUCAUGUUUUAAAAAGCAGCAAGGAGCAUGGAUUUACCCUCCAAAGCAGCACCAUUUCCCAUCUACAGAGCAGGAGAGCAACACAGGCUACAACCUGAAGGACUAUGUGUAA